AUGCGGAGUCUGGCGCUGCUGCUGGGCGUGAAAGCCGCCUGCAUCCUGCUGGUGUCCUCCCUGUCCGGGACCGGAGCGGUCAACAACAGCGGCCGGUGGUGGGGGAUCGUCAACGUGGCCUCCUCGUCCAACCUCCUCACCAACUCCAAGAAUGUGCAGUUGGUCCUGGACCCGAGUCUGGCGCUGCUGAGUCGACGCCAGCGCCGGCUGAUUCGCCAGAACCCUGGCAUCCUGCACGCCAUCUCAGCGGGCCUGCACACCGCCAUCAAGGAGUGCAAGUGGCAGUUCCGCAACCGCCGCUGGAACUGCCCGACCACACACAGCCCUGCAGUCUUUGGCCAAAUCACCAACCGCGGUUGCCGAGAGACGGCGUUUGUCUUUGCCAUCACCAGCGCCGGCGUGACCCACGCCGUGGCCCGCUCCUGCUCAGAAGGCUCCAUCGAGUCCUGCACUUGUGACUAUCGCCGCCGAGGGCCCGGCGGACCCGACUGGCACUGGGGGGGCUGCAGUGACAACGUGGACUUUGGCCGCAUGUUCAGCCGCGAGUUCGUGGACUCCAGCGAGAAGGGACGGGACCUGCGCUACCUCACCAACGUCCACAACAACCAGGCAGGCAGAAUGACGGUGUCCUCAGAGAUGCGGCAGGAGUGCAAGUGCCACGGCAUGUCGGGAUCCUGCACCAUCCGCACCUGCUGGAUGCGCCUUCCCAGCUUCCGCACCGUGGGAGACUUCCUGAAGGAUCGCUUCGACGGCGCCUCCCGGGUGGUUUACGCCAACAAGGGCAGCAACAGAGUGUCCCACCGAGCCGAUCCUCGACACCUCCAGCCCGAGAACCCAAAUCACAAACCGCCCUCUUCCAUGGACCUGGUCUACUUUGAGAAAUCUCCAAAUUUCUGCUCCUUGAGUGGCAAAAGCGGGAAUCUGGGAACGUCGGGAAGAACUUGCAACAGCUCCUCCCCUGGGCUGGAGGGGUGCGAGCUGCUGUGCUGCGGCCGCGGGUUCAAGACUCGCACCGAGAGCGUGACCGAGCGCUGCAACUGCACCUUCCACUGGUGCUGCCACGUCAGCUGCCUGAACUGCACCAGCACGAGAACACUGCACCAGUGUCUGUGAUGAGCUGAGGACUUUCAGGUGGCAGGUUUGACUCA